AUAAAAGACACUCAGAUUGUUGAGAAGAGUAUCACUAGUACUUUAUUGUUUUUCGGUAAAAGAAGUCAAUUUAAAAAUGAAAACUUUCUGUGUUGCAGUUUUGGCCCUAGGCUUGGCCGUUCUUGUAUCAUCGUCACCAUGCUUACCGCUUGUAUUGAGUGGAGGCUCGGGAGGUAGUGCUAAUGCGAAUGCAAAUGCACAAGCCAACGCUGCUGCAAAUACGCAAGCUCUAGGCGGUGGAAUUGGUGGUGCGAGUGCACAAUCACAAGCAGCCGCUUCUGCGAAUGCACAAACAAAAACAUCAGGUCUUUUGGGUGGCGUUUCAAGUGCCGGAGCCAGUGCUUUGGCCAGGGCUAAAGCCGCUGCCCAAUCAGCAGGCAAUGUCUUGAGUGGUGUCCGAGGUGCGUUGGGUGGUGCUGCAAGUGCCGGAGCCAGUGCUUUGGCCAAGGCUAGAUCUGUUGCUCAAGGAGCAGGUGGAGUUUUGGGAGGUGUAUUAAGAGGAGGAAGCCAUGCACAAGCCAACGCAGCCGCUAGCGCUAAAGCUGGUAGUGCAACUGGUGGUAAUUGUUAUGGUGGAGGCGGAAGUGGAUCGGUAGCACAAGCACAAGCACAAGCACAAGCACAAGCACAAGCACAAGCACAAGCACAAGCACAAGCACAAGCACAAGCACAAGCACAAGCCCACGCACAAGCCCACGCAGAAGCAGGCUCAAUGAGCGGUGGUGGUCUUAGUGGUGGAUCAGCUAGUUCUUUUGCCAGAGCUGAGUCGUCGAGUUCAGCUGGUGGUUUUGGAAGUGGCGGCUCACAAGUAAGUGCUCAAGCUUCGGCAUCAGCCAAAAGCCAGGUAGUCGCAGGUGGAUGCUAAAUACAUACGGAAGUUUUAAAAAAAGUAGAGUGAUCUUGACACUAACAACGCAGAAAAAUGAAUUGGCUUGAUUCCCGUCCCCAAAUUUUUUGUUCAAUUAUUUCCAAUUUGCAAUAUAAUAAAGAUUCAAUCAUUUGAA